UGUGAGCUAACCUGGACCGGAUGGAUUGCUACUAGUAACUCACCGUUGGCGCGUGAGUGAUCAUCGGUUGAUGUGUGCGUGCAAUCCAUCCGGGUCAUCGUUUGCGCGGUCAACGGGGUCGACCGGCGAACACGCCGGCACUUGGCAACUGGCAAUAUAGGAUAGCGCACGGAACGGGAACGGCGGGAAACAGUCUUCGUUUAUUUUACGUUAGAACGUCUUUUAUGUUAAUACAGUUUUAUGUUCGUUUAUGUUACAAACGCGUGUACCUCUCUGAGUAAUAACCGCAUAGAAAGAAAGGAACAUAACAGUGGCGACGAGGAGUAAAAAAAAAAAACAGAAAAAGGCUUGUGAUUAGUUGUGUGCGAAUUUAGUGCUGUUCAUAAAAAAAAAAAAAUUACGCGACCGCGAGCAAAGCGUAGAAGGAUGAACACCGGCGAAAAUGGUGCACCGGACUUCUCUAUGGAAGUGGACCAGAGAAGAGCAUCUCUGCUGCGUGCGAGUGCGUUUGCCCCGUCGCAGCAUCUUUUGCCGCCCACCAGCGAAGGGCAAGCGUCGAUGGUGCAACCGCCAUCGCAGAAUGCAGCUUCGCAGCCAUCGCCAGCCGCAGUUCCAGCGCCCACCACCGAUUCGGCGAUGAUGAUGCAGAUGAUGCAGCUAAUGCAACAGCAGAUGCAGCAGCAGCAGAAACAGAUGGAGCAGCAGCAGCAGCUCAUUUCGCGUAUGCUGCAACAGCCACAGUCACUAUCACAGCCGAGCCAGACUGUUCCCUCACAGGCCGUUGCCCCCGGCAAUCCCGAACUCAUCAUGGAAGCGUUGUCGGGCAGCAUCAUGGAAUUCCGCUAUGAGGCGGAGUCGGAUAUCACCUUUGCUACGUGGUUUGCCCGAUAUGAGGAUCUUUUCGCGCAAGAUGCCUCUCGUCUUGAUGAUGCAGCGAAAGUGCGCUUGCUGCUACGCAAGCUGGGCCCUGCAGAAUACGCGCGCUACGCCAGCUUCAUACUGCCAAGUGUCCCUCGUGAUGUGCCGUUUGAUGAAACGGUUAAGAAGCUGACCGCUCUAUUUGGGAGAGCGGAAACCCUCGUGAGCAAGCGAUAUAAAUGCUUGCAGCUGAUUAAAUCACGCAAUGAAGACCUGUUGUCGUUUGUCUGCCGCGUUAACCGCUCUUGUGUUAAUUUUCAGCUAUCGGCGAUGAGCGAAGAGCAGUUCAAGUGCUUGAUACUGGUGUGCGGCUUGAAGGACGAUGCCGAUGCAGACGUGAGGACGAGAUUGCUCUCCCGCAUCGAGGAGAGAGCCGAUGUCACGUUGGAGCAACUCUCCGCUGAGUGUGAGCGAAUCUCCAGUCUAAAGGUGGACAGCGCCAUGAUCGCUACUCAGGCGGAGGAGAAAGUCCUAGCGAUACACAGUGCAAGUAGAAGUAAAGUGCAGCAACAGAAACAACAAACACAGGUGCGUAGAUUUCAGCAAGGGCAGCAGAAUCAGCAGCGGAAGAAUUUCGAGGGAACAAGCAAGCCGCCCAGAUCUUGUUGGUUGUGUGGCGAUCCACACUGGGCCAGGGAGUGCCCGUAUGCCCUACACAAGUGUUGUGAUUGCGGAAGAACGGGCCACCGCGAAGGAUUUUGUAACCAGCGGAAGAAGUGGUGGCCAAAGAAGAGAAAGUUCAACAAGUGGAACAAAAAUACACCGGUGGACACACGUACAGUUACCGUGAAUGGUUCGCCUACAGCUAGACACCGGCUCCGAUAUAACUGUCAUUGGACGAAAAAUUUGGCAGCAGCUUGAUGAGCCAACAUUGAGACCGGUAGAAGUCCAUGCGAGAACAGCGUCUGGUUCUCACCUUCAGCUGGAUGGUGAAUUCUGUGCUCAGGUAACGAUUGGGGACAUAACGAGGGUUGCCGUAAUACGGGUAAUAGCUUCUGAUUUGCAGCUUCUGGGAGCCGAUUUAAUAGAGCUAUUUGAGCUUGGUUCUGUACCGAUGGAUCAUUUCUGUAAUAGAAUCGAAGCUGAAUCUGGAAAAUGGGAGAGCCGAUUCCCCGAGGUGUUUAGCGGCACUGGACUGUGCACCAAGGCAAACAUUCAGAUAAAGCUAAAAGAAAAUCACCGUUCGGUGUUUUGCCCGAAGCGCCCUGUGGCAUAUGCGAUGCAAGCAACGGUGGAUAAAGAGCUCGAUCGCUUGCAAGGCUUAGGUGUGAUUACCCCAGUCGACUAUUCGGACUGGGCUGCCCUAAUCGUAGUGGUGCGGAAGAAAAAUGGCAGAAUAAGAAUAUGUGGAGAUUAUUCGACUGGCCUGAACGCUGCUCUCCAGUCAUAUGAGUAUCCACUCCCACUGCCAGACGAUAUAUUUGCAAGAUUGGCACAAUGCAAAUUUUUCAGCAAGAUAGAUUUGUCCGAUGCAUUUCUGCAAUUCGAGAUAAACGAGCAAUAUCGUCCUCUUCUAACUAUUAACACGCAUCGCGGAUUGUAUCACUAUAAUCGUUUACCGCCAGGCAUAAAGAUCGCCCCAGCCGCGUUUCAACAACUAAUCGAUGCAAUGCUCGCUGGAUUGAAAUGUACUUCUGGGUACAUGGAUGAUGUAGUUGUUGGCGGAAGAACAGAACGCGAGCAUGAUGAGAACCUCCUCAAUCUUUUCCGUCGUAUAAAGGACUACGGAUUUACAAUCCGUGCGGAAAAAUGCUCAUUUAAAAUGGUGCAGAUUGAGUACCUGGGUUUUGUGAUCGAUAGACAGGGUCUUAGGCCAAACCCAGCGAAGAUCGACGUUAUACGCAAAAUGCCAGCACCAACAAACGUGAGCGAAGUUCGGUCCUUUUUAGGAGCCGUGAACUAUUAUGGUAAAUUCCUACCGAAGAUGCGAGAGCUCCGAUACCCGCUGGAUGAACUACUGAAGAACGACAGAAAUUUUGUAUGGACGCACAAGUGUGAGCAAUCUUUCAAAAGGUUUAAGGAGCUGUUAUCGUCUGAUUUGCUGCUCACGCAUUACGACCCAAAUGCGGAAAUUGUUGUGUCUGCAGAUGCUUCGUCGAUAGGUCUAGGCGUGACGAUUAGCCAUCGUUUUAUGGAUGGCUCCCUGAAAGUCGUGCAGCAUGCAUCGAGAGCCCUCACGAAGGCCGAAGCCAACUACAGUCAGAUCGACCGCGAAGGAUUGGCCAUUAUCUUUGCUGUGAAGAAAUUUCACAAGAUGCUGUUUGGGCGCCAUUUUCGACUACAGACCGACCAUCGACCUUUGCUACGGAUUUUUGGGUCUAGCAAAGGUAUUCCGGUGUACACAGCCAACAGAUUGCAGCGAUUUGCAUUGCAGUUGCAAAUGUACGAUUUCAGCAUCGAGUAUGUGCAGACCGAGAAGUUUGGCAAUGCGGACGUGCUUUCGAGACUGAUUAAUGAGCACGCAAAACCGGAUCCGGAAUACAUUAUCGCAAGCGCUGAGUUGGAAGAUGACGUAAGAUACGUAGCAUUAAAUUCUAUUAAUAUAUUUCCACUCAAUUUUAGUGACGUUGCGAAGGCUACGGCAUCCGAUCCGGUGCUGCAACAAGUUUACAAGUACAUCAUAGAUGGGUGGCCCCAAAACAUCACCUACGCUACAGAAUUGGCUUGCUUCUACCACAGAGGCGAGGCCCUCACCACGGUCCGAGGUUGCAUUCUGUUCGGGGAAAGGGUGGUAAUCCCAACUAAACUUCAGCAGCGAUGCCUAAAACAGCUGCAUGAAGGGCACCCAGGAAUCCAGAGGAUGAAAUCCAUAGCUCGGAGUUAUGUCUAUUGGCCGUCAAUAGACGGAGAUGUAGUAGACUAUGUUAAAACAUGCCAUGCUUGCGCGAUAGCGUCAAAGUCCUCGCCACGCGAGAUACCGAUGUCCUGGCCGAGGACAAAGAAGCCGUGGCAGCGCAUUCACCUCGAUUUCGCCGGGCCGAUCGAAGGUGAUUACUUUUUGAUAGCGGUAGAUGCGCACACGAAGUGGCCAGAAGUGGUAAAAAUGCGAACAACAACAACCAGAGCAACCAUCGCAGUACUAAGAAGCAUUUUCGCGAGAUUCGGAUACCCAGAAACACUGGUCAGCGAUAAUGGGCCGCAAUUCGUCAGUGCUGAAUUUUCAGCGUAUUGCAGCAGUCGUGGUAUUCAGCACAUCACAACGGCGCCAUUUCAUCCCCAGUCAAACGGGCAGGCCGAGCGCUUCGUAGACACUUUCAAGAGGUCAACAAGGAAGAUUGAGGAAGGCGGAGCAACUCGUGAGGAAGCUCUUGAUAUAUUUUUAGAAACCUACCGUGCGACUCCCAAUCCGGCGCUAGAGAAUAAACAAUCGCCAGCGGAAGGUAUGCUUGGGCGAAAAGUUCGAACGGCUCUGGAACUGCUAAAACCUCCUCUUGCGGCACGAGAUGAACCGGCAGUUUUAGUUCAUAAACGUUUUCAGCGUGGUGACCGCGUUUAUGCAAAGCUGUUUGUGCGGAACUCGUGGAAAUGGGUGUCUGCACGAGUAAAACGGGAGCUGGGCAGCGUAAUGUACGAAGUGGAGACGGAUGAUUUUCGGGUACAUCGUCGACACGUAAACCAGCUACGGAGGCGUGAUUCACUUAGCGUGCGUGAAUCAAGCAAUAAUUCUGAAGAGCCAAGUCGUUUACCGCUAGACAUUUUAAUGGGCAGAGCAACAGCGGAAACGGUUGUUACACCAACGGAGCAGCAAAGCAACGCAUCCCCUGCACAGCCGUCCCUGAGUCCAGUCCCUUUGGCAGUCCAAAGACGUCAGCAGCCGAUACGAUCGCCACGCCGAUCUUCUAGAGAUAGAAGGCUCCCGCGUCGGUUCGAAGGGUAUCGUCUUUAUUAAACAGGGGGAGAUGUUGUGAGCUAACCUGGACCGGAUGGAUUGCUACUAGUAACUCACCGUUGGCGCGUGAGUGAUCAUCGGUUGAUGUGUGCGUGCAAUCCAUCCGGGUCAUCGUUUGCGCGGUCAACGGGGUCGACCGGCGAACACGCCGGCACUUGGCAACUGGCAAUAUAGGAUAGCGCACGGAACGGGAACGGCGGGAAACAGUCUUCGUUUAUUUUACGUUAGAACGUCUUUUAUGUUAAUACAGUUUUAUGUUCGUUUAUGUUACAAA